AUGGAAUUGAUUCAAGAAAUAACAUUACUAAAAGAAUCCUUCUUGGAAUUUAUAUGCAAAGUAACUCCUGUGUUAACAGAACCAAUAUUAGAAUAAUUUAACUCAAAAUGGAAUCCUUUGAAAAAGCUAUUAAGUGAUCCUUCUAAAAGGGCAAGUGAUAUUUUUUUAUUGGUUUCUUCAAUGUCUUCAUUAAAAAAGAGCAAUACUUCAUCUACUUCAGCUACUUCUCCAAAUUCAGAUUGUAGUAGUCAGAAAACUCAAAAAACAGUCAAUUAAGUAAAGAAAUGCAACGAACUUCCAGAGCAGAGGGAGAUUACUAAAGUGAAAGAACAAGCUAAUCCAUUAUUGUAUAAAGAGCUCAAAAUAGGUAAUUUUAUAUUCUAAAACGUAAAAUAGAAAUAAACAAGAAGUUCUAUCCAAAUACUCCAAGAUCAAGGCCAACUUUAUAAUAAGAAUCAGUAAAUAAUGGGGAAAAGCUAUAAGAAGAAGACAUAAAGGCAAAAAUCUUGAGAGAUGAUAUAAAAUGUAUGAUGUUGUUAUUUACUGAGUUAGUUUUAAAUCAAUUAAGAGCCCCUACUCAUGAGAAAAAGGUUAGUGUCACCAUCAGAUGCAAUCUUGGAUUGAAAUUAUCAGAUGCUAUUUCUUAAUUUCGUAGGGAUAACUUCACUUUGAAAACUAUUCAUGAAAGAAGUAAUGAAAUAACAACACCAGAAAGUCCUAAAAAAGAGCGCUCAGAAUCACCAUUAUUGGUAAUAUAGAGACCAACAAAUCAAUAUUUCUAACAGCCAGUGUUUGUACAAUAGUAAUAGGCUGGAGCAUUAAAAGGAUAUAGUAUCUACUCAAAAAAAGGGUAUAUUUAACCAAUACAAUUCGAUGCUCAAUUUUAGAUGUUAAUGUAACAGUACUAGAAUAAUAUAAUCUAUAAGAAACUAUAUUUUUGAAGAAAAUUUUGAAUAUGAG